GACUUCCUGCAUUUGCGGCCAAGAUGGCUGACUCCGUGGCUAUUCAUCUGGAGUUCGGGGGCGGAGCAGAGCUGCUUUUUAAUGGCAUUAAAGAACACCACGUCAACCUUCCCGCCCAAACAGAAUCUUGGGACAUGAAGCAGCUGCUGGUGUGGAUCCAACACAACCUGCUGAAGGAGCGGCCCGAGCUCUUUGUCCAGGGACACUCCGUGAGACCCGGCAUUCUGGUUCUGAUCAACGACGCCGACUGGGAGCUCAUGGGGGAGUUGGACUACCGCCUCCAAGACCAGGACAACGUGGUGUUUAUCUCCACGCUACACGGGGGCUAGAGCACACGCCAGCAAGGCUCAACCUCAUUGGACGAGGCGUCGGGAGGAAAGAGGGACCGUGCCCUGGGUGACCAUUUUUGAUCUUUUUGUGGUAUUGUGUUUUUCACAUGGCGGCCUGGCAAGAGGCAGGAAGUGGUCAGCUGACACAGGUGAUUGAAAUGAACAUUUUUUAUUAUGGUUGCAAUAGAAGAAGCUAUACAAUACAAAUCCAAACAUUGGUGAAGAAAGAGAGUGUUUUUUUCCAAGAGGUGGUUGAUGCCACAGCAGCAUGACCCUCACCAUCACACAUCUCGUGGCAGACACCGCUCAAUUGUGUUUGGAGGCCCCCAUUGUUUUUAUUCACACUUGAAUUCUGUAAAACCAUUUUUUGCUUCUUUUAAAAAAAAAAAAAAUCAAACCAAAUAGUUUUUUGAAUGCAGCGUUCCCAUGGUUAGGGCACCGCCGAAAACAUGUUUCUCAGCUGGGGUCCCUACUCGCUUGUAAUACACCUUUCCACCACUUGUGGCAGUCAUGACAAGAUCAAACAAACAGAAGAAGUGUGGUGACAUCAUUGUAAUCAUUUUUAUUUUGGAGGUUAGAGGUUUAUAUACAGGUAAAAGCCAGUAAAUUAGAAUAUUUUGAAAAACUUGAUUUAUUUCAGU